AUGGGCAAGAGAAAAAAGGCGACCAAGAAGCCACAAGCGUCCAGACGCAAAGAGCCACUAGACACUGCAUUCACUUGUCUUUUCUGCCACCACGAGAAAUCCGUCACCGUUCGCCUUGACCGUAAAGAUGGUAUUGCACACCUUGCUUGUCGCAUUUGUGACCAGCGAUACCAAAGCAAAGUGAACCACCUCACAGAACCAGUCGAUAUCUACUCAGAAUGGAUCGAUGCUUGCGAUGCAGCAGAGAAGAAUGGACCGGUGACCAGGCCAGUAGCAUCCACAUCGAGACCAGUUGCUGUGGAUAGCGAUGAGGACUAUCCACCUCAAUCUCAACGACCGGUACCACAAUGCCCUGGAGAGCCUUCAGAAUUCGGUCUUGAGUCCUCCUUACGCCGACCUGCUGUUCGGGCACUAUGGCCAAUGCCAUCAAAGUUAUUUGUCGGUGAUUAUACCGUCAGACUGAAUUCCAUUGAGAAUCGCGAGGGUGGCGAGAUCGUGGCCAGCUUCUCCGAUGACCUGACGACGGUCCAAAUGCGCUCUGCGGGCGGUUCUGGUCCAGAGAAAGAUGGUUUCACGUUUGACAGAGUCUUCCCUAUGGGCACGCAGCAGCAAGAAGUAUUCGACUAUGGAGUCAAGGAUAUCGUGAAAGAUGUCCUCGAUGGUUACAAUGGUACUGUCUUCGCAUAUGGUCAAACUGGUAGUGGCAAGACCUUCACCAUGAUGGGGGCCGACAUAGACUCAGAUGAACUCAAAGGCAUCAUCCCGCGAAUAACAGAGCAAAUAUUCCAGUCCAUUGUCGAGAGCGACGCACAUAUAGAGUAUCUCGUCAAGGUGUCCUACAUGGAAAUCUAUUUGGAGAAGAUCCGCGAUCUACUAGCCCCCCAAAACGACAACUUGCAAGUUCAUGAGGAGAAGAACCGAGGUGUUUAUGUCAAGAAUCUCUCCGACUACUAUGUCAGCAGUGCCCGAGAGGUGUACGAGAUCAUGCGAACGGGAGGAAAUGCACGGAUAGUGUCCUCUACCAACAUGAAUGCGGAGUCUUCACGAUCCCACUCCAUCUUCCUUAUCAGCAUAAAUCAGCGCAAUACUGAGACUGGAGCCCAAAAGACGGGUAAUCUAUACCUUGUCGAUCUCGCAGGCUCGGAGAAGGUCGGAAAGACUGGCGCAUCCGGUCAAACACUCGAAGAGGCCAAGAAGAUCAACAAGAGUCUUUCUGCUUUGGGAAUGGUCAUCAACGCGCUUACUGACCCGAAAGUCAAAUACAUCCCUUACCGUGAUUCGAAACUCACCCGUAUUCUGCAAGAGUCUUUGGGAGGAAACUCGCGGACGACACUUAUCAUUAACUGCUCGCCGUCUUCUUACAACGAGACCGAGACGAUUUCCACUCUCCGUUUCGGUAUCCGAGCCAAAACCAUCAAGAAUCAGGCUCGCGUCAAUGCUGAACUUUCCCCACUUGAACUCAAGGGUUUGUUGCACAAAGCACAGGCCGCAAACACAAGCUACCAGAAACAUAUUGCAGCUCUGGAGGCUGAGCUGGCUAUAUGGAGGGCAGGUGGACGGGUCGAAGAGUCGGAAUGGGCCAAGGUCACGCCCGCAUCUGGAGAUGCGGCUGCUGCCCCGAAAAAGGCACCCGCUUCCCCUGCGUCUGCGGGACCUUCAACUCCUGUUACGACUUCUCGAAGUAUCACCCCCGUCAACCCCGCCAUCGAAAGUCUUAGGUCCGAGCUUGAUAUUCCUCGUCCCCAGACACCCAUCGGCAUUCCACUCGAAAAGGAUGAGCGUGAAGACUUCUUGCGUCGCGAGAAUGAACUUAGCGACCUCCUGGCGGAGAAGGAAUCGGCGCUUACAACCGCUGACAAACUUGUGAAGGAGCUCAAAGAAGAGCUGUCAUUCUUGAAGGAGCAGGAGGCUGGUGUGAAUAAGGAAAACAAAGCCAUGUCCACCCAACUAAACGAGCUCCGUUUGCAAGUCGAACGCUUGAACUACGACAACAAGGAGAGUCUCAUCACAAUCGAUAUCCUCAAGGAGCAAAAUGCGGAUGCCUCAGGCGAGCUUGAAGAGAUCCGCAAACAACUCGUGGACAUGAAGUCGGCUCAGAAGGAUGCCAGCGCGGAGGACAAGGAGAAGAGAAAGCAGGAGAAGAUGGCUAUGAUGAUGGCCAAGUUCGACACGCAGGGUACAUUCUCCGAAAAGGAUGAGCAACUCCGUGCGAUUCUCGGCAAAUUAGACACCAUAGAUUCGGCCAGUUCAUUAACAGCCGACGACCUCACCGCCGUUAGAAGGCAGCUAAGUGAGGGUCAGAACAUAAUACGGGAAACGGUAGAUCGAUUGCGGCAAAGCCAGGAGGAGAAUGAGAUGAUUACGCGACGGAGGGACGAGCUGGAAGCUCGGGUAACGGCUCUCGAAACGGAGUACGAGGAGCUUCUAGAGAAGACGAUUCACGAUGAAGAGACGAGCAACGCCGACCUCGCCGAGUCUAUGACCGACUUCAAGAACAAACUUGAAGCUCAAAACGCUGCCCGAAGAGAGGCGCACAUCAGCGAAGUAGCCGAUCUCAAGCAGCAACUUGAACUGCGCAACAAUGAGGUUCGCAGCUUGAAUGCCACGACGGAGAGCCUGAAGAGCGUGAAUGAGGAGCUCAAGCGCGCCUUUGCUGUCACUUCCGCCGGUAUCGAGGGCGGGAAGAAUUUGGCGGAAAGUGCCCAGGACCUUGAGCGGACGCGAAAAGCUAUCAAUGUUCAGCUGGCUGAGUUUGACGGGGUGAAGAAGUCUCUCAUGCGAGAUUUGCAGAACCGUUGCGAGAAAGUUGUGGAGCUCGAAAUUCAACUCGACGAGAUCAAAGAGCAAUAUAACAAUGUCAUUCGCAAUAGCAACAGCAAAGCUCAGCAGAAGAAGAUGGCUUUCCUUGAACGAAACUUGGAACAACUAACAUUAGUGCAGAAGCAGCUCGUGGACCAAAAUUCUACGCUCAAGAAGGAGGCCGGCAUUGCUGAAAGGAAGCUUUUAGCGCGCAACGAAAGAAUUCAAAAUCUAGAAGCGCUUCUGCAAGAUGCUGAUCGACGAUUGUCCGUUCAGAACCAGAAGUUCGAAGCACAGCUACAAGCUGUCAAAGAACGACUUGAUCAAGCUCGGGCCCAAAAAACAGCAUCAAGUUCGCCGCUGAGUUUUGGACGGAUCGCCAAGCCACUUCGUGGAGGCGGAGGUGCGACAACCGGAGCUGUUCCGGCGCCUAUCUCUGGUGGGAGUGGGAAUCCAUUGACGCGACUUCAGAACGAGGAUGGAGGGUGCGUGACAUAUUUUAGAUCACCGGUGGCCCUGACUGAUUCAUUCCUUGUACGGCAUUUCCAGUGGAGGUACGUUUAA